AUGUCAACGACACCUUUAAGAAUAGAGGAUGGUAUUCGCCCUCGAGAUUGGCAACCGCGAAAAUCGAGUUAUAAAGUACCUUUGAGAUUGAUGCGAUUAUGUUUGCUGGGAAUGCUUUUGCCGUUUGCAUUCAUUGCCGGACCGCUGUAUCUGCGAUACCGCGUGUACUCCGAACAGUUAUACGCUUUAGCAAUAUCGGAUCAGAGAUUGAUCGAUAACAGAGUAUCCACCAUUUGGUGCCAAAGCCAAGUGAUCAAAGUUAACACCACGUUCAAUGCGUACCUGAUGAGUAACGAGCCAGUAGUUGAAAAGGAAGCAAUACCCAUUUCGAUGACGAGACACCUCGUCAUGGAGGACGACAUGAAGGAGUAUUGGGGAUUUUAUCUCUUGCAUGGCAGUAGUGUCACUGUUUCAGCUUGUGUAAGAUGGCCAGGUGCUUCUUUAACAAUAAUUCGUGGAUACAAGAAUCUGCACGAGUGCGCUUUUAUCGGAGAUGACAGUAGCGAGGAACUCGAGGAACUCGUUGAAAUCGCUAAAGAAGAAGGUCUUCUUGAAGUAAAGAGCACUACGAAGGCUGCACGUCUUAGCAAUAUACCUGACAAAAUGAGACGAGCAGACCAGAAUGUACAUUUUUAUCAGCAAGACAGAACUCUUCGUGUGAACAUUUCUAAAUCAUCUAGACAUCAGGCAGGCAGUCACGAGUUAGACGCUGAGACGAUGCGGAAUAUACUCACCCAAAUUUUAGCCAAAACCAAUUACACAAAAAAAAAGCAGAAAAAGAAUCUGCAUCAUCAUUACGAAGCAGUCUUCAGAGAUAUUACUAAUAUUGAUAAACCAGCGACAAAGCACCCUGUAAAUUUACAAGAUCAGCUUCAGGAAAAGUUAAAAAAUAAAUUUGACAAUAAUAAAAAGAUAUCGGAAAAUACUACAAAAUUCACGCCAUUAUCUUCAAAAAUACUCUCUCUUCCAGAAGAACAGCACAACCACAAAGAAUCUGAGAUCCAACAGAAUUUCACGUUGUCUCCUAGUCUUCAUUCGAAUAUUACAAUGUCGAGCGGGCAAAUGGAGACUAGUACGGCACGGGAAAUCGCGAAAGAGCAAGAGAAAUUGAAAAUCGAACAGACGAAUUCUGAGGAGGUGUUUCAAGAGGUCCUGCGAAAAAUUAAUUCCUUGGGUGACCGCGGUAAACAUAUGUUGCGUAAAUUAAUGGAAACAAUUGACGCGCAAGCCGGCACUAAAGGCGCCACGCUGAAGCAAUUGGUGAACGACACGAUGAACGACAAGACAUUGUCGAGCGAAGCUAAGCGAAAAAGAAAAAGAGAUUUGAUCCUUUCGUCACCGCUUUAUAAGGAAUUAACAGAGGCGGAUGAAGAUGGCGACGCAGCGUUAGAAGAGGGUAUGUUGCAUCCAGAUGGCAUUGCGGAGGAUCGAGGUACUGUAAACGAAACAACCUUGAACGACAGAAGUAACUCCGAGUUCUGGAGCUCGUUCAGCAGUUCCGAAGAACGCCUAUUGGAAUGCAAAGGCCUUAUCCUUAAUUUACCUUUAACACCACAUCGGUUUUGUACACCUAAACACGAAAAUGAUCAUUCUACAGCUUCUUUCGCCAAUACAGUGACAUAUAGAGUACCUCUAAAUGGAUAUUACUUCUUUGUUUUCAAUUCGGAAAACGAAGUUCAACCUAAUUAUGUGAGAGUGAAAUUUGAUCUUUUAAAAACCGUCUACAAUACUUCGAAUCCCGUGCACGAAUGUAAAAACAGCACGACAGAGUGCUCGUUACCAUUUCAAAUAUUCAGCAAUGAAAGAACGGUAUUAGAACUGCCAUUAAGUGGAAAUGAUUCGCAAUGGAAUGAAGAAUAUAUUGGUGUGUCUGAAUGUGAACCAAGAACAAUGGUUUAUACCAUUUGUGUUAUCAUGGUGCCUUUGCUAAUUCUUUGCUUCGCUUUUCACUAGCAGAUUGUGUUAUUGACACUAUUGACAGUAUUCGCGUACAUAAUACACAUAUCAAUUGACGUGAUUAAUAAUAUUGUUAUUGUAUCAAAGUCAUUUGAAAAAGGAAGGAUAAUAACAUAGGCACACAAAAAUAGUGUCAUGUUCGAGAGACUACACCUAUGUAUUUCUAUUUUGACGCCCUGAAACCGAAUAUGAUCUCAGAAUUUCUCCAUCAGAUCAACAUUUUUUUUACACUCAAAAAUUUGCUAAACGUUCCUUAAACUUACACACUAUUCAGCCCGGUAAAAAAAAAUUUUUUUUUUACCGGGCUGAAAAAAAGUCUCUUGGACAUGACACCUUUUUUGUGUGCUUGUGUAAUAAUUUAAUAAUUUUUUGCAACAUUAUUAAUUAAAUUGAUAAUUAAAAAUGUUAAUACUGUCCUUACUUUGUUGUAAGAUAAAGGUAAUUUAAAAAGAAACAUUUUAAUAACGUACAUGUUUGAACAAUAUGUUUAAAAGUAAAUUGUAAAAUAAUGUACAUAUCACUAUAAUAAGGAUGAAUAUUUUUGAGAAUGUAAAUAAUAGUAUUGUGCAAUAUACACGUAAUUCAAUAUUGAUUGUUAAUUUAUUCAAAAUUUCAUUUUCUAUUUUUUUUUAAACUAAGAUUUUCAAAAUACAUAUUUCAUUUAUUGACAUAAUCUUACAAAAAUUUUAAUUAUGUUAUAUUUUACGCUAAUUUUAUUCGCAUAUUAGUGAAAAUUUAAAAUCCUUCCUCAAUUUAAAUAUAAUAAAUAAUAUACAUAUACAUUUUUAAUUUCUCAUUUAAUUGCCUUGUAAAAUUUGGCUCGACCUAGUUUGUAACAUUUAUGAAUCCUUCGACAUGCUGUGAUUGUUUUUUUAAUGUAACCGUGUGUACAGAUUUUAGUUCAAUAUUUCUGUUAUAUAAUUCUAUUAUAGUGUUGUGUCCAUUUUGCCUGGCCGACAACGUCAAAAUGGGUACAACAAUAUAUACAUGUUUAUAAGUAAAACUGUAUAUUUUGGAAAUAAGCGGGUUUCCAGAAUCAAUUAUUCGAUAUUCAAACCAAUUUUGUUAACAUCGAAUAAUUAAUCAUAUGAUUUAAGUAAAAAUAUUUGAUAAAAUUAUUGUGUUACUCAACAUCAAAUAUUUUUAUUUAUAUAAAGCUCAAAAACACAAAAUAGGUUUAACUAUUUUUGUAAGAAUAAUUAAUACGUCUUCAUGACAUGCCGAAUUAAUUUUAUAUACUCAGGAAUCUGUAGAAUUAUUCGAAUUUAUCGAAUAAUUGACCUCACUUGGUAACUGACGAGGAAACUUGCAUACGACGCGAUAUGUAUUAUACGUUGCGAAUACUCGCACGGUUUAGAAAUUUUAUAGUAUUUUGCAUAGUCAUAAAAUUCUAUCUUUUAUAUAAGUCAUGAAAUUUGAAUUCUGCUGUAAACAUAGUUGUUUGUAUAAAAUCCUUUUCACUUUUCAAAUUAGCGAAAAAAGCUGUGAUCAAAAUUCGAUGGUUCUGCGACUUAACUGAAUCAAUUAACUGACAAAUUGCUGAAUUAUAUGUAUUAAAAAUUCGCAGUUAAUCUCAUCGAGACACCAUGAUUAGAAGACGAAACUCUAAUUGUAAAGAGUAGAUUUAAAAAUUAUACUUUUAUUACUAGAGUUAUCAGGUCGAUGUAGUAUAAGUACUGAGAUUACACGUCGCAUAAUCGCUACUGGGCUGUUGCAAAUACUCUAGAUUAUUUGCGAUUCAUAUACGUGCUUCGAGUGAUACAAGGUCGUGAUAUGUUGAGUGAGAUAUCGAUAUCGUGAAGUUUAUUGUUUAAGGCUAAUGAACGAUACAAUUAAAUUGAAAUGUAUUGUUGGACAAUAAAAUUAUUUGUUAAAUUGUAAAUAAAAUGAUUCAUCGAACAA